UGGGCUUGGUCCUGGGCUUGAUGCGUCUGUUUGUCCGUCCGUCCGUCCGUCCCGCCAUGGCUGCGCCGGCGCCCUCUCCGUGGACCCUAUCGCUGCUGCUGUUGUUGCUGCUGCCGUCUCCGGGUGCCCACGGCGAGCUGUGCAGGCCCUUCGGUGAAGACAAUUCGAUCCCAGAGUCCUGUCCUGACUUCUGCUGUGGCUCCUGUUCUAGCCAAUACUGCUGCUCUGACGUGCUGAAGAAAAUCCAGUGGAAUGAGGAAAUGUGCCCUGAGCCAGAGUCCAGCAGAUUUUCCACCCACCCGGAGACCCCGGAACAGCUGGGUUCAGCGCUGAAGUAUCAGUCCAGUCUUGACAGUGACAACAUGCCAGGGUUUGGAGCGACCGUGGCCAUCGGCCUGACCGUCUUCGUGGUGUUUAUCGCUACCAUCAUUGUGUGCUUUACCUGCUCCUGCUGCUGUCUGUAUAAGAUGUGCUGCCGCCCACGACCUGUCGUGUCCAACACCACAACUACUACCGUGGUUCACACUGCUUACCCUCAGCCUCAACCUGUGGCCCCCAGUUAUCCUGGACCAACAUACCAGGGCUACCAUCCCAUGCCCCCCCAGCCAGGAAUGCCAGCAGCACCCUACCCGACGCAGUACCCUCCACCCUACCUGGCCCAGCCCACAGGGCCACCAGCCUAUCAUGAGACGUUGGCUGGAGCCAGCCAGCCUCCAUACAACCCGGCCUACAUGGAUCCCCCAAAGGCAGUUCCCUGAGCCUGCCCCCAGCCUCUUUGGCUACCAUUUGAUUAUGUCAUGUGUGUGUGAGUGCUAUGCAGAGUUCUUUACUGCUGUCUGUGGUGUGUGUGCCUUGUCUAGACGUGUGGCUUCCUCUGCUGAUGACCAGGUAGGCACAAAUCUUACCAGUGCUGGUUGGGACCAAUCUGUUUUCUUCCUCACUUGAAAUUGUAAUUUCUGAAAUUUCAAGUAAAUUUAAAACAAUGGGGUAGGAGGUAUUUCCCGCUUCACCCCAAGGUGACCAGCCAUAGCCUGCCACACAUAGGAGAGCAAGCUUUUUGUGGGUCCAUGUCCUGCUUUGGGGAGUGGCCAGCUAGCUGCUGCUAUGGGUUUAUUCCCAGGGCUUGGCUGCAUUUAGCUGGACAGAGAACAAGGAGCCUCAGUGGCAGUGGGUCAGUGACUGAUGUCAGAGCACACUAGGCAGAGAGCCCUGUCCGUCUCCAUCAGCUGUCUGUCUGGACGGUCCCACUGUCUUUCCUGGGACUAUGUAGAGGGCCACAUGUAUUCACUAUUCAGGCUCCAGUGGCUUCCAGGCCAGGGGCCUCUGUCUACUACACACUCUGGUUUCUCCCUACAGUGUCUUUUUACGAUUAGCCAAACAUAUUGCCUGUUUUUUGUAUCCAGAUGUAUGAUAAUUGGUGAGGUUGAAAUCCUUGGUUCCUGGAGAACAGGAAACCUGACCUCUGACAGUCCAUUUCCCUUGACACCAGCUUCAUAGAAUACCUGACUCCUGUACUACAGUCCAGUUUGUCCCAGUAGCAGGGACACCAGGGCCAGGGGUUAUCUGGACCAAGGGUGGGGGUGGAGGGCCUGGAUGGUGGCUCUGGACCAGAUGUGAAUGCCUCCAUAUUCCCUGUUGGUUCCUGUUUCACUGGCUGUUUUAGUUUUGUGUUAAUUGGUGUUUCUGAGCAUUCAAACUCCGCACCCUCGUUUAUAAUAAAUGAAUAUUUGGACCA